AACAGAACGUGAGCAGGGGAGAGGCAGAGACAGGGAGAAUCCGAAGCAGGCUCCAGGCUCUGACCUGUCAGCACAGAGCCCCACCCUGGGCUGGAACUCAGACUGGGAGAUGGUGAGCUGAGCUGAAGUCCCCAGCUUUACAGGCUGAGCCACCCAGGCGCCCCAGUUUUUCAAGUUCUAAAUCAAAUGACUGUUCCUAGAUAAAGUCUUAAGUGACUUUGGGGGGUAUGUUGUUUUUUCUCUUUUAUACUUUUAUAUCCCAAAAACAUAUUCUAUCCAUGUAAGGUGCUUUAUUUUUCCCAUUCAGACUUCUAUGGGGAAACUGUUUUAUGUUCAUCUGAAUUCCCAACCAUGAAGAAGUUGAAUGAUUGAAAUGGUUAUUGAGUAAACAGUUAUUGAGAAUCACUGGGUGUAAGGAAAGAAGGGGAACUAGCAUUUGUGAAUGGUCUUUGUAUGAUAAAUAUGGUGCUGACUGCUUUGCAAUGUUUAAUGCUCAUUAGGGCCCUAUUAUAAACGGUUGGGCAGUCUUUGGCAGAUCACAUUCUCUUGAGGCUUAUUUGACAUAAAUAACUGAUGUCAUUCUUAUUUCCAUCUUUUUUCUGAGAGCAGAUCCUGGGUUUAGUUGGGGUAGAUCUCAUGUUUCCACAGCAACAAUAAGUCCUUUAAGAGUAGAGAGGGACAGGAAGUGCACUUUGCCCUUCCGGUUUGCGCCGGAGAGUUCAGCAACCCGGAAGUGACGCUACCCGGUUGCACAUGGCCGCGUCCCGUAAGAAUGCCGCUCGUGGUGUUUUGCGGGCUGCCAUACAGCGGCAAGAGCCGGCGGGCGGAGGAGCUCCGUGGGGCGUUAGCGGCCGAGGGCCGCGCGGUGUACGUAGUGGAUGACGCGUUGGUGUUGGGUACGGAGGACGCGACGGUGUAUGGCGAUUCGGCCCGUGAGAAGGCGUUGCGCGGGGCCUUGCGAGCCGCAGUGGAGCGGCGCCUCAGUCGCCACGAUGUAGUCAUCCUCGACUCGCUUAACUACAUCAAGGGCUUCCGCUACGAGCUCUACUGCCUGGCGCGGGCAGCGCGCACUCCGCUCUGUCUGGUACAUUGCGUACGGCCGGGCGGUCUAAGCGGGGGACCUCGGGUGGCUGAUGCGGUGGACCACCGAGGCCUGAACCUCAGUGUGAGUUGGAGGCCGCGCACUGAGGAAAGAGGGAGACCUCUGGCGGUGGGCACCCCUGUCCUCAGGGAACCACAAGCAGUGGACUCUGUAGCAAGUGGGAGAACCCAAGCAGUUGUACCUAAGGAACUGAAGCCGGAGGAAACCGGGGUGCCAGAUCUUCCAGCUCCUGUGACUUCAGAAUUUGAUACAUGUGAAAAGCGUAUGGUCAGUACCUUUUAUUCUCCUGAACUUAUGGAGGCCCUAACGCUGCGCUUUGAGGCUCCCGACUCUCGGAACCGCUGGGACCGGCCCCUGUUCACCUUGGUGGGCUUAGAGGAGCCAUUACCCCUGGCAGAGAUACGGGCUGCCUUGUUUGAGAACCAGGCUCCCCCACCCCAUCAGUCUACACAGUCCCAGCCCCUUGCCUCCGGCAGCUUUCUGCACCAGUUGGAUCAGGUCACCAGCCAGGUGUUGGCAGGACUGAUGGAAGCUCAGAAGCGCGCGGUCCCUGGAGACUUGCUUAAGCUUCCUGGCACCACGGAGCACCUGCAGUUUACCCGGCCUUUGACCAUGGCAGAACUGAGUCGCCUCCGUCGCCAGUUUAUUUCCUACACCAAAAUGCAUCCCAACAAUGAGAACCUGCCUCAGCUGGCCAACAUGUUUCUGCAGUAUCUGAGCCAGAGCCUGCACUAAACAGAGGAGGUGUGGGGGGAAAGCCCUGGCUCCUUGUCUAACCUCCACUGCUCUCUGUGUUUCUUGAUAAAGUAAUCUGAAGGUCUACAGAGUAUGUUGAUGUGUCGUACUACAGCUGUUGUGACUGAUUUUACUCACAUUUUCCUCUGAAUGCCUCUGUUGUGACAGGCCUUGAGUUACAGCAUAAAUUGAGACUAGAGAAAAUGGAGAACUGGCUUGGAGGAUCUUGGCAAAUUUCUCCAGGCACAGAGCUCAGGUGGACAGGAUUUGUUUAGAUUGGGUUCUGCCUGUGGUGUCACACACCCAGGAUUUCCCCCAUCUGAAUUGUAGGAGAGCAGACUGGAUGGAUGAAUUUUUUUUUAAACAAUUGUGAGUGGAAACUGAAGAUGAGACAGUUCUGCAUCUGCACUGGCCUUUCUUUCAUACCACAGUUUUUAAAGUACUGUGUCUACUUUUUGCUAGUCUGUCUUGGGGCCAGGGGUCACCGAUAAAUCCACUGGUUUCUGUCCUUGGGAAGCUUUGGUUCUAGUGGAAGCAAAAGACAUAACUAUUAGAGUUUACAUCUAAUAAAAUCUUUUAGAAGAAAGUCUGCUGGAAUCUCUUUUGCUUCGUGUCACUUAAUGUUCUUCAUGUAAUUUACUUAAUGUAACAUUUAGAGACACAUGUAUCACUGUUAUGCCUUUGACCAAAAUAGUACUUUGACAGUGCUUGAUGAGAGACUGGAUAUUUGGUCUAACCUAGAGUGAUGAUGACAACUUCCAUAAGUGUUGUGCUUCAUUCUUUAUUUCAAGGCAAAUAUCACUUUAAGCUUUUUCAUUCUUUCACUGAUUUUAUUAAAUAAAAAUCAGCACUUGUGAUUUUCAAAGAUGAA